CUGCUUUGUUCCUUCCCCUACUAAACUUGCACUCAGACCUCUGUUGCUCCCUCUGCUCACUGUAACAUCUAUCCCUAGCUGUUCCACCAUUAGCCACAGAUUACUGCUUCUUCUAUACGUUAUAUGCUGCCGGCACUGACAGCUCACAGUGGAAACCCUCCCUGUCUAGGAGCCCAGCUACCCAGUAUCUCUUGGCAAGUGUUAUAGCAGCCAUUGCAUUUUGCAUGUACCAUGAGGAAUCAGUCUUUCCUGCUCUUAUUGCUGACAGCUCUUCUCUGUAUAAACUGCUGCAAAGCAGCAGAUUCAGAGGAACGAUUAAUGAAUAAUCUUCUACGAAAAGACAAAUACAAUAAACUCAUUCGUCCAGCUUAUAACAAUUCUCAGCUGGUCGCUAUUCAGCUCCAGUUGUCUCUGGCACAACUCAUCAGUGUGAAUGAACGAGAACAGAUUAUGACAACAAAUGUGUGGAUUAAUCAGGAGUGGAUGGACUACCGUCUGACAUGGAAUCCAGCUGAUUAUGAUGGUAUAAAGAAACUUCGAAUCCCAUCUCAACAGAUCUGGCUACCGGACAUUGUGCUUUACAAUAAUGCUGAUGGCACAUAUGAAGUAUCCUUGUUUACCAAUGCAAUUGUUCAAAAUAAUGGUAGCGUGGCUUGGCUACCCCCAGCCAUUUAUAAAAGUGCAUGCAAGAUAGAAGUAAAACACUUUCCCUUCGACCAACAAAACUGCACUCUGAAGUUCCGCUCAUGGACUUACGAUUACACAGAAAUAGACCUUGUGCUGAGCACAGGCUGGGCCACUAUGGAUGAUUUCACACCCAGUGGAGAGUGGGACAUCAUAGAGCUGCCGGGAAGAAGAACUAUCUGCCCCUUGGAUCCAACUUAUGUUGAUUUAACCUAUGAUUUUAUUAUCAAGAGGAAACCUCUAUUCUAUACUAUCAACUUGAUUAUUCCUUGCAUUCUUAUUACUUCAUUGGCUAUACUAGUGUUUUACCUUCCAUCUGACUGUGGACAGAAAAUGACUUUGUGUAUAUCCGUUCUUCUUGCUUUGACUGUGUUCUUACUCUUGAUCUCCAAAAUUGUUCCACCAACUUCACUGGAUGUUCCACUUAUUGGAAAAUAUCUUAUGUUUACUAUGGUGUUGGUAACAUUUUCUAUUGUUACUAGUGUUUGCGUUCUUAAUGUUCACCAUAGGUCUCCAAGCACACACACCAUGCCACCAUGGGUAAAAAACUGCUUUCUUGAGAGACUUCCUGUAUUCCUCUUUAUGAAAAGACCAGAAAACAGCUCAGCCACUCAAAAACUCCGCAACUAUAGGAGCAUGCAAAUUGAAUCAUUCCGAAACUCAAACUACUUUGUAAACAUGACAACUGCAAGACCAUGUGACCAUAUGGUCAACAAUCCAUCAGAAAAUGUCCAAAAUCAAGAAUUUCGAUAUAGAUAUCCUAGAAGGUAUAAUUCAGGAGUUCAUGAAGCGAUGGAUGGUGUAAAGUUUAUAUCAGAGCACAUGAAAAGUGAAGAUGAAGAACAAAGUAUAAUCGAGGACUGGAAAUAUGUUGCAAUGGUUGUGGACAGGCUGUUUCUUUGGAUAUUUAUCAUUGUGUGCAUAGUAGGCACUGUUGGACUUUUCAUGCAGCCAUUAAUUCAGAACCAUACGCCACCUGAUUACCAUUGAAGGGCAGAGCGAAUGGCAGCAAUAUUUCUCCAGCAUACCUUUGGGUGCUGCAGUGCUAAGCAUUACAGACAUUUCAUUUUGUAUGACAAAAAUUUCUGGGGGACGUAAUAAACAUUUGUUCGCAAUUUUAAUGCUGGAAUUUUGCAACCUGGCCCUGGCAUACAUGAUUUUUAAAGAAGUAUGGAGAACUGAAUUAUAUGUAAAGUUACAAUUUUUUAAAAAAGUGCAGCCUGAUUCUAAGUCUUUGAUCUGUCAACUUCAAGCUGUACACAAUCAGAACUCUAUUCCACAGACAGAUUCAUUUUAUUUGACAUUGCAUUCAAAAAAAAUUGCACAUGGAACUUUGGAAUUGGCCUUAGUUUGUAGCUCAUGUGCUUUUAUAACAUUAUUUUAUUUUCUAAAAAACAAAAACAAACCUAAAGGAGACCUAAUCCCCACUUGAAUCAACCUAUUUAACUAUUAAUCCACUUGGAAUUAUAUCAUUAAAAGGAAAACACAUUUAUUAUAUGGUCAUAAAGAUUACAGUAACCCUAACCCUUGAAACUGUGCUGCAUGGUGGAUGGGGGCCCUGUCUCCCAAUAUAUA